AUGGAGUUCAAUUUCUCUCUUCCCAUGAAUGUGUCUGGAGUGACCGAACCUCAGUCUUCCAUCCAUGUCAUCCUAGAUAUCUUCUGUUUGGUGAUACUGGGAGUCACCUUUGUCCUCGGCACCCUGGGCAAUGGGCUUGUGAUCUGGGUGGCUGGCUUUCGGAUGACACGAACAGUCACCACCAUCUCUUACUUGAACUUGGCCUUAGCUGACUUCUCUUUCACUGCCACCCUGCCAUUCUCCAUUGUCUCUCAGGCCAUGGGAGAACUAUGGCCUUUUGGGUGGUUCCUAUGCAAGUUAAUUAUGACUGUGGUGGACAUAAAUCUGUUUGGAAGUGUCUUUAUCAUCGCUCUCAUUGCGCUGGACCGCUGUAUUUGUGUCCUGCAUCCAGUCUGGGCCCAGAACCACCGCACUGUUGGUCUGGCCAAGAAGGUGAUCCUUGGACCCUGGAUUCUCGCCUUGCUUUUCACCUUGCCAAUGAUCAUUCGUGUGACUACAAUAUCUCUUCCCUAUGGGACAGUCUGCACUUUGGACUUUGCACCCUGGGCUGAAGAUCGUCGAGAGAAGUUGAGGGUGAACAUUAUCAUGCUGCUGGUCAGAGGGAUCAUCCGGUUCAUCAUCGGUUUCAGCAUGCCCAUGUUCACUGUAGCUAUCUGCUACGGACUUGUCGCUGCCAAGAUCUACCAACAAGACCUGAUUAAGUCCAGCCGUCCAUUGCGUGUCCUCUCUUUCGUCGUAGCUGCUUUUUUUAUCUGCUGGUUCCCAUUUCAGCUAGUGGCGCUCAUAUCUACCAUCAGAAUUGGAAAAGGACUGCUGAUUGACAGCUAUGACUUUACAGUCAUGGUAAAAUUGACCAGUGCUCUGGCCUUUUUCAACAGUUGCCUGAAUCCAAUGCUCUAUGUCUUCAUGGGCCGGGACUUCCGAGAGAGACUGAUCCACUCCCUACCCGCCAGUCUGGAGAGAGCCCUGACUGAGGACUCAGGCCAGACCAAGGACAGUACUGCCCAUUCCCCUUCACCUUCUUCAAAUGCUGAGUUACAGGCAGUGUGA